GGGGGAUGAAUGGGAUGGAGCCACUCUGCAAUGCUUCCAGCAACCAGAGCUGUGGGGUGACCCCUAGCAUCCCUUACUCACCUCUGGCCACAGCGCUCAUUCUGAUGGCGGUGCUGGCUAUGGCGCUCGUGACGCUGAUGGGAAACGUGCUGGUAGUGCUAGCCGUGUACACCAGCCGUGCUCUUCGCGCCCCACAGAACCUCUUCCUGGUGUCCCUGGCUGCAGCCGACAUCCUAGUAGCCACCCUCGUCAUCCCCUUCUCCCUGGCCAACGAGGUCAUGGGCUACUGGUGCUUUGGUCGCCUUUGGUGCAGCCUCUACCUGUCGCUGGACGUGCUGUUCUGCACCGCCUCCAUCAUGCACUUGUGUGCCAUCAGCCUGGACCGAUACUGGGCUGUAACCAGGGCUGCACGGUACAACCUCAAAAGGAGCCCCCUGCGGGUGAAGUGCAUGAUUGGGGCCGUGUGGGCCAUCUCUGCCUUUGUAUCCCUGCCACCGCUGUUCAAGUCGACAUCCCAGGCCUGGGAGUGCCAGCUGCAUGAUGACACCUGGUACGUCCUGACCUCGUGCACCGCCUCCUUCUAUGCUCCCUGCCUCAUCAUGGUGGCCGUCUACUGCCGGAUCUACCACGUGGCCAAGCACAGGAACUCGAUAGUCCUUGCAGCCAGGCGUGCUUCUCACCCCACCCUCAUCACCGCCAUCAAGUGUGACACUCUCCAAGCCGGCACCCAGCCCACUGGGGAAGUGCAGAGCCCCGGCCUGGAGCAGGGCCAGCUCUCUCUCCCCCUGCCUGGCUUGCCCCGGCCGUCUCGGCAAUGGAAGGUAGAAGAAGCCAGCAACAGCAGCUCCAGACCACAAAAGACGCAGAGGCUUUCCUGGUCAAUUCCCUCCAGCCGGCAACACCGCAUGAGCAGGGACUUGUCCAUCUCCACUAACCGACUGAUGCAGGUGCGGGAGCGCAGGUUUACCUUUGUCCUGGCUGUCAUCAUUGGGGCUUUUGUGCUCUGCUGGUUCCCGUUCUUUUUCAUGUACAGCCUUGAAUCCGUCUUUGGGGAAGACUGCUGCAUCUCCAGGAGUCUCUUCAAAUUCUUCUUCUGGAUUGGUUACUGUAACAGCAGCCUCAACCCCAUUAUCUACACUGUCUUCAAUCGGGACUUCCGCCGGGCCUUCCAGCACCUUCUGUCCCGUGCCUGCCAACUUUCAUGUCGAAAAUGA